GAUAACUAGCUAUUACAGGCAAAUGGAUUUCAGCGUUAUCUACCACUGGGCAAACACGUUACCGGAACGCCAAUUUCUGAUAUAUGAAACCUGAUAGUCUCCUGCAUUGAGAAAAUAAUCAACAAAUAACUGCUGAGAAUAUAAAAUGAAAAUGCCAGCUGAAGUUCAAAAUAGUACGCCACCUGUAAUUAUGGGAAACCCAAAAUUGCCAGAUACAACUGUUGACUCAUGGAUGGAUAUAAAGACAUCAACGCCAAUGUCAAGACAGCCGCGAUUGAAGGUGCGAGACACUGGCUUGAUGGGAAGUAGUAAGAAGUUGUAUCAAAGACGCGAUAAAUCCCCUGUCAAGAUGGGUAUGAUUGGUGGAGAAUGGGCCCUCAAAGAAUGUGAGGAACACACAACAUGGGCCAAUGAAAUCCUCAAGGACAAGAAAUGCCCCGUCAUCAUAGAUUUACGACGUAGCCUCGCUGAUGGACUCACUCUGGUUAACCUACUGGAAAUAUUAACGAGGCAGAGAAUUGGUGAAGCUGUAAGUCGACCUGUCGAGAAGGAGGAGAAAUUGAAUAAUUUGGAAAACUGCGUGAAGUUUUUAGAAAAACAAGGUGUAGAUAUGGCUGGAUACUCAUCAACAGAAUUAGCAGACGGCAACCUAAGGUCAUCCAUUGCGUUCAUGAGCAGAAUCAGGUCCAUGUAUGAUCCAAAUUAUUCACAGAAAGAUGUCUCUGCUAGUACCAAUGGAGUAGGAAACAACCUUCUGAACCACAAUAACCAGACCCAUGUUGUCACUGUGAACAAACAGAAUGGACACAAUGAACACAAGGUUGGCGAGACUACCAAGCAAGAGAUUGCUAGGACAGGUA